GCCCUGGAAGAGAGAAAGAAGAGGAGUCCGAAGAGUCAGUGUCAGACAGACAGAUCGGCCAACUAAACUUUUGUACAAAACAAACAUUUCCUUUAAAAACAUGAGUAAGAUAAAAAUUUAAUUUUAAGUUUGUUUGGAAAAUUAAAGUUAUACAAUAGAACUAUAACAAAUGCCAGUGACAUAUAUAUGACUGAAGGAGGUUAAUUAAAAGAUACAUUUUGUAGUACUGAGUACUAUAAACUCCUAUGAAAGUUCCCAGAAACGACUAUCAAAAAAUUUAUACAAAAUGUUUCCUACAAAUCACAAAACUAUAUUUGUUUUGGAUCAUUCUCCAUACUUCGGCAUGUCUUCUGAACAUCCAAUAGACUUCGACAGUUCAAAAACUCGAGGUCCUGGUUAUGUUACAUUACAACCGGUGUGCAAGUCCUUGUGGACUUGCAGCGUAGAGGCCGCUGUUGAAUAUUGUCGUAUAGUGUGGGAUCUAUUUCCUGAAGGAAAAUUGGUCCGUUUUGUGGUCAGUGAUGCAGUAGCGCACAUCUUAAACACUUGGGCUGUAAGUCAACAGAAUUUGACACAUAUCCUAAAUGGCCUAUGUCUUGUGGGACAAAUACAUCAUGGCGUUGGAGGAGAUGUGGUUGGUCUGUGUGCCGCUAUUGAAGCUUUAGGAGAACCAUCACCCACUCAAUUAUCAAGGCCAGCUUCUGAACACUUCCAAAACCGUGGCCGUGUAAUAUGCAUCACAAGUGCAAGAGAUGAUGAUUCCAUCAGAAGUUUAGCCGAGAUAGCUCUGAAUGCUUUAUUACAACAAAAUAAGAAAGCUUCAAUAAUUACUACAACACCAUCUAGUCCAGGAACCUCAAAUCCUCCACAGCCUUUGUUAGUACAUUAUUGUCAUCUAGUUAUAAUAAAUAUUACUCCGGAUAACGUGGAGUCAAUGGUCAAUAAUCAAGCACUUACUGAGAUGGGGGGUGGCUUAAUGGGUGUGGAAGUAUGGGCAACGCGCGCCAGCGAGUUGGCGAACAUGCUCGGCAAAUUGGUGUUACCGCAUUAUAGACUUGCUACCACAACUGUCACUGGCAUUCCCAUGAAAGAGGAACAAAACGCGAGUUCGAGCGCAAAUUACGAUGUUGAAAUUAUUCAUUCUGCGGAAGCACACGCUGGUCUGAGAGCUGCACAAACUGCUGCCGAGGCCGCCGAAUCGGUGGUACUGCGCUGGUGGACACCGCGGGGGGCAGAAGGAGGGGCGGGGAGCUGCAGUGGGCCGCUGUGGAGGGUCACCCCCGCCGAUGUGGCUUCGAGACCAUCCGCCUGUCUCGUCAACUUUCUUCUCAACGGACGCUCCGUCACUCUUGAGAUGCCUAGGAAAGGCGGUGGCAGAUCAGCCUCCCACGUGCUAGCAGCACAGGGCGGAGAGUUAUGGAUCGGGGCGCUGGGCGGGCGCACGCCCUACGACGACCCGCCCGCCCUGUCCGAGGGCGCGGGGGGGCGCGUCACAGAUUACAGAAUAAAAGAAUUCGGUGCAUUGAUGCAACAAAACAAGUUGCAUCCGUUGCGAGGCGCGGGCGCAAACGCACGUGCGCGUGCACGCCUACAAAGACAUACGACGUACUGGCCACUUACUAUUUCGUCCACUUUGAUAUUCAACUUGGGUUCUGUAAUGGAACCCCUAACCCGGCUGGUCGUACAAGAAUCUCUGACGGAUGACGAAGUGGACACGUGUCGAAACGUUCUCCUCUCACUUCUUGGCAUGGAGUCGCGACACGAGUUUCCUUCGUCGCAGCUCUCGUCAAACAUGAGGGGUAAAUCAAGUUCUCGGCGGGAAGAGCAAUGGCGCCAAGUGUGGGGUGAAUUAGAAGCGUUAGUGCGCGCUCAUUCAGCGUCGCCCGCGCAUCGCACGCUACUGCGCGUGUUGUUGGACUGCAGAGCGCAUAACAACCACAAUACCGAUGGUGAAUCUCGUGCAACUGUGAUUCGUGCAACCACAGAUUCCCCGCUUUCGCCGGUCGGGGCCGGCAACGGCGCUAGCAGCGACGUGUGGGCGCCCAGAAAUGUGUUGGACGCACUUCUAGGGCCACCGAGACCACCACGGAGGCCAGACUUCGCUGGUCGCAUGGCGGCCGGCACUCGACCCGCAACGUUAUACCCACAGUUACAGCAAGACGUCGAGACACAACACUAGUUUGUAAGGAUGUCGGCGAGUUCCUUUUUUAAGUUAGAUUUAAGGCUGAUUAUUGAAUUAUAAAUGAAUUUUUGAA